AUGGAGAAUCAACAGCCAAAAGUAUUUGGAGUGAUUGUGGCUGGUCGUCCGAUCCAGACAGAUUUUGUUCAAGUAAGUGGAACAGAAUUUGUUAUUGAAGUGGCCGAUUCCGGUUCAGCGAAUCAUGUUGUCGUAUUCUUGACAGGCAUUGCACCAUUUCCUGCGGACAUAGGUGGCACCGUUUAUAUUCGGUGGCCAAAAGUCGGAACGGAGACAAAUUGGCAUUACCUCGGAUACAUUACGAAUGAUAAGCCGAGUGCUAUAUUUCGAGUUGCGCAACUUCAUAAAAUGGAUGCUGUUCAUGGUGGUCUAUUCAUAUCCAACAUAUCGACGAGUGGGAGUGCAGCUGGCAAUGCUCAGAUUGGUAUCAGUGUAGAACCACUUGCUGUUAUCACAAGUAAAGUUCCGGCUGAGGGGACGGCAAUUAGUCAACAGUCAUCAUUCAUGGAGUUCGCAGAGAAGAUGUUGCAAAAUUUUGUCAAUCAUCUGCAAUCAUUUGCCGUCCGUUUGCCUCGGCCAGAAAAUCCUGGCGAAUCGACAGACUUUAUUUCAGCUUCUGCGGUGCAGAAUUGGUAUACAAACUUUUCCCGGCGGUUACAACAAAAUUCCGAAUUCUGGAAAUGCCUUUCAUGA